CCUCCACUCGGCAUUCCCGUGCCUGACAAGCUGAACUCCCGCAGGGUCAACAUGAUCGGACAGAAAACCAUCAGUUCCUUUUUCACCACCGUCCCCAAGAAGAGGUCUUCUUCAGAGGCGUUCAUAGAGGCGGGAGAGAUCACCCCAGUGAAGAAGGCCAAAGACGAUGAAGCAGCCUCCCCGCCUCUGAGCCCCGAGCAGCUGGAGCGAAUCCAGAGGAACAAAGCUGCAGCUCUACAGAAGUUGGCUGCUCGUCACGUGCCUGAGGGCUUCGGGGAGAGCUGGAAGCAGGAGCUGCUGGCCGAGUUCACUAAACCUUAUUUUAUAAAGCUUACUAGUUUUGUCUCAGAAGAAAGAAAACGAUGCACGGUGUAUCCUCCUCCACAUCAGGUGUUUACCUGGACGCAGAUGUGUGACGUCAGAGACGUGAAGGUUGUAAUUUUGGGACAGGACCCUUACCAUGGACCAAACCAAGCUCAUGGGCUGUGCUUUAGUGUUCAAAAACCUGUACCACCCCCACCAAGCUUGGAAAACAUGUACAAGGAGCUGCAGACAGAUAUUGAUGGCUUUGUGCACCCAGGACAUGGAGAUCUCACUGGGUGGGCUAAGCAAGGAGUUCUCCUACUAAAUGCUGUCUUAACAGUUCGCGCGCACAAUGCAAACUCUCACAAGGACAAAGGCUGGGAGCAGUUUACAGAUUCAGUAGUGUCCUGGCUGAACAAAAAUCUGGAUGGCUUGGUCUUUAUGCUCUGGGGGGCCUAUGCUCAGAAGAAAGGCAUCAAUAUAGACAGAAAACGUCAUCUUGUUCUACAGACUGUUCACCCUUCUCCUCUCUCGGCACAUAGAGGGUUUUUUGGCUGUUGUCAUUUCUCCAAGACAAACUUGUAUUUGGAAAACUUGGGUAAAAAAAUGAUUGACUGGAAAGCCUUAUGAACUGUAUAACCACUAACCAUUUUAUAGAUAUUUAAAGGGUUUUUCCAAAAGUGUGUGUUUUUAUUUGACACCCACUGUCAGCUGUUUGAGAAGGCAAAGGUGCUCACAGUAGCUCUCCAGCUCGUGUGAUGUCACGUUCAUCGAUCACAUAGCCUAGGCACAGCUCAGCCCUAUUGAAAUGAUUUUCCAGCACAGACACCUAAACAAAGUGCAGUGUGGUGCUUGGUGAUCUGAGAGAAGGCUAUGGCACUACUGUGAGCGUCACGCCUUCUCAAACAGAUGAUGGGUGAGGGUCCCAGGUGUUGGAUCCCCACCAAUCAGAUACUGAUGACCUAUCCAGAGGAUAGGUUAUCCAUAAAAAUAAAAAAACUCUUUGAAAACCACU